AUGCAGCGAGCCGAGCUCCGGGAGGGGGAGGCGGCGGCGGCCUCGUACCGGGUGCUCAGCCGCCUGCUGGGCUAUGGGGCCGGGCCGCAGCCGGGCGGCGGCUCCAAGGGCCCCGCGGAGGAGGGCGGCGCGGCCGGGGGGUCCCCGCCGCCGCCGCUGAGGGGCUCCCGCCCGCCGCCGCAGCUCAUGGUGUUCCGCAACGUGGGGCGGCCGGGGGACGGGGGCGGCCCGGCGGGGGACGGGGGCGGCCCGGGCGGGGACGGGCCCGGCCCCUCGGAGCUGCUCUGCCCGCGGCACCGCUGCGCCCUGGAGCCCAAGGGGGACCCGCGCUGGGGGGGGCUCCCGCCGGCCGGGCUGGAGCUGCAGCUGGCGGCGCUGGAGCUGCAGCGCGGGGUGGGCGGGAAGGGCCCCGGCGGCGGCUGCCCCUGCCUCAGCCUGCUGCCCGCGCCGGGGGGCCCGGCCGCCGAGGAGACCAGCGACGCGCUGCUGGUGCUGGAGGCGCUGGAGCCCGACGAGGCCGAGAGCGGCUCCGAGGAGGAUCUGGGCAGCCCGGGCCGGGCCGGGGCCGGCGUGGGAGGGAGGCCGGGGAGCCGGGCCCAGCCGCCGCCGCCGCCCCCUCCAGCCGCCCCCGCCGCGCCGCCCGGGGGAGGCGGCCCCGGCGCUAGGAAGGGCUCGCUCAAAAUCCGCCUCAGCCGCUUCUUCCGCACCAAGAGCUGCAGCGGCGCCUCGGCCGGGGGGGAGCCCGCCGCCGGCAGGAGGCGCUCGGGGGAGCUGCCCGCCUCGGCCGGGAGCCUGUCCGACGUGUCCAGCCCCAGGGGCCGGGAGCAGGACUCGGGCAGGAAACCCCGAUUGACAAGAACUCAAAGUGCCUUUUCUCCGGUUGCUUUCAGCCCCCUCUUCACAGGUGAAACUGUGUCACUAGUGGAUGUGGACAUCUCCCAGCGAGGACUGACCUCGCCUCACCCUCCGACUCCUCCACCUCCGCCACGGAGAAGCCUCAGCCUGCUAGAUGAUAUCAGUGGGACGCUGCCUACAUCUGUUCUAGUGGGUCCGAUGGGGUCUUCCCUGCAGUCUUUCCCUCUGCCUCCGCCUCCUCCACCCCAUGCCCCAGAUGCGUUUCCCCGGAUCGUCCCGUUCAGACCGACCGAGGCAGUGAACAGCCAGGCCACCCAGCAUCUUCACUGUCCUCUCUACCGACCAGACUCGAGCAGCUUUGCGGCUAGCUUGCGAGAACUGGAAAAGUGUGGUUGGUAUUGGGGACCAAUGAACUGGGAAGACGCAGAAAUGAAGCUGAAGGGGAAGCCAGACGGAUCCUUCCUGGUACGAGACAGUUCCGACCCUCGUUACAUCCUGAGCUUAAGCUUUCGAUCACAGGGGAUCACCCAUCACACCAGAAUGGAGCACUACAGAGGAACCUUCAGUCUGUGGUGUCACCCCAAAUUUGAGGAUCGCUGCCAGUCUGUGGUGGAGUUUAUAAAGAGAGCGAUCAUGCACUCGAAAAACGGGAAGUUCCUUUACUUCCUGCGAUCUAGGGUUCCAGGUCUCCCUCCAACGCCUGUCCAGCUCCUGUAUCCUGUCUCCAGGUUCAGCAACGUCAAAUCCCUCCAGCACCUUUGCCGCUUCCGGAUCAGGCAACUUGUCCGCAUAGACCACAUUCCAGAGCUCCCACUGCCCAAGCCUUUGAUCUCCUACAUCCGGAAGUUCUAUUACUACGACCCCCAAGAGGAGGUGUAUCUGUCGCUGAAGGAAGCUCAGCUGAUCUCAAAACAGAAGCAGGAGACUGAAUCCUUGACGUAGCGAGGCUGCCUCGCCCAUCUUGUCACUGUCACAGACGGAAUUUGCUUGCUGAGAUCCUGUAGCAAAGAGCCGUAGCAAAGCUACAGCAGAAAGGAGGCGCAGGAAGGGGGAAGCCUGCCUCUGCAGUAGUGACUUCUGCUCGCAAGCUCUUUUGUCCUCUGAAGAGGCUUCAGGACUCCUAAGAAGCACAGCAGAAUGGAAAUUGGAGCUCUGGCUCCUGGCUUGGGGAUGGAGCCUUUGACAGCAAGUGAACUGGAUCCCAGACUCCUCGCAGAACGGCGAAUGUCAUGGCACUAGUUACGAUUUCAGUUUUUAUUUUUGAUGUUUCCAUUUCUCAGCAUGGGAAAUAUUGUCUUUAAGAGCAGCUGGAUUUUAGUCCACCGCAGAUUCAAGGGUGAGGGAAGAGAGGGAUCUUGCAGCAAGAUCAUCCAAUCCAGCCAUCCUGGUA